CUUUGUAUUCGGCUUGUUGCCACUUCCUUUCCUUUGAAGAAAGUCCUUCCGCUUCAUAGUCUUUGGUGAAUUAAAAAUGGAACUAAGACGUUGUCGCAUAUGUCUAAAUGACUCCCAUCGUUAUUUGGAUAUCUUUGAUAAUUGCAAAUCCACAUUUACCUAUGCCGAUAAUAUACGUCACAUAGCCGAAGUGGAUAUCCAGCAAAACGAUGGUCUUCCCCAGAAAAUAUGCUGUGAUUGCUCUGCGGAAAUACAGAAUAUAUUCGAGUUUGGUUUACUUAUCCGCCAUGCAGACGAGGUACUGCGAAAGGAAUUGCAGCAGGAGAAAUUGAACACCGUCGAAGCUGAGGAUGGAAAUAUUCACAUAUUGGAAGAAGAUUGUUUCGUGGCAGAAAAUGAUGAUGGUAUAACCGGUUGUGUGAUGGAGGAGGAAGAAGUGCUGACGGUAGAUGGUGAAUUGGUAGAGGAAUAUGACAAUUACCAAAUAAUUGAAGAAGAAAUAUUCGAAGUUGUUGAAGACGUGCAAGAUGUGGAGUCUCAUAACAAGCCUCAGACGCUUAGAAAUAGUAAUGAUCUGAAUGGCAACUUGGAAGAAUUGGCUCAAGUGGCAGCCAUUGCCCAACGAACCGAGGAACUGGAUAAGCCCGAAUCGCGAAAUUAUUGCCAUGAAGAUGAAUGUGAUGAUGACUAUCAGAUAGCCUAUAAUCCAGCAGAGGAACCAUUUUAUAAUUUCAAACCACCCAAAUGGAAAUGCAUAGAAUGUAAGCGGGUGCUGCGCGGAGAUGUCUCAUAUGAAGGUCACAUGAAUAUGCACAAACAAUUACGUCCUCAUAAAUGUCCGUCAUGUAAAUGCCAGUUUCGAUGUCGAAAUGUUUUGAAAAAACACAAGCAGCUCAGACAUAAUAGACCACAAGAGGAAGAAAUCAAUUCGAAACAAGUCGAAUCAAAUAAGAAGGAUCCCUCCGAACCUUUCAAAUGCCUAGAAUGCAAUAGGGAAUUCACAAACGAUUGGGAACUUCUAUUGCAUGAGCUUACCCUAACGCACGGUAAUCGUUGUCAUCUAACCACCUGCCCCUUUUGUCCUGAUACUGCAGUAGACGAUUUAAUCGACCACUUACAACGCGUCCACAUACGUAGAGAAGAAAACAAUGAGGAAGAGGCAACACAUUCGGAUUUGGUGUAUCAAUGUGAUUAUUGUUCACAAAUAUGUAAAACAAUAGAGGAAUUACAUCUUCAUCAGGAUCAGUGUAAUAUGUCCGCCACAGAGGAUCCGGAUAUAACAGUUGAAGAGGAAUUUGAGGAGAACACGCUGGACUCGGUGGAUGUCAUAGUCUAUUGUGAAGUGUGUAAAAAGAAAUUACUAAAGAAAAACCUAAAACGGCAUAUGCUGGUCCACGAACGAAAAGGUAGGAAAACAAGGGAGGAUCCUAAUAAAUUGUUAUGCGCCUACUGUCCACGGGAAUUUAAGAAUCAAAAAUCUUUGCAACAGCACGAAAGAAUUCAUGAAGGCGAAUCUUCGGAGGCAACCUAUGCCUGCGACGAAUGUGGUCGCCAAUAUUCAUCACAACUUCUGCUGGAGACACAUCGUAAACAGGCCCACAAAGAACGUGACAACGUCUGUUCGAUAUGCGGUAAUGCCUUCAAACUAAAAAAUCAACUGGUAAAUCAUAUGAAACUACAUUUGGAAAAGAACAUACCAUGUCCGCAUUGUGACAAGAAAUAUGCUAGACAAUUCGAUUUAAAUGUCCACCUGCGAUCACAUACCGGAGAAAUGCCUUAUGCCUGUCAUCUGUGUGAUAAACGUUUCGCCAUAAAGGUACGUCUGACAUAUCAUCUGCAAAAACACUAUGGCGUCAAGCAUCGUUGCAAAGAAUGUAAUGCCGAAUUCAAUUCCAAACAGAAACUCAAAACCCACUCAUUUAAACACACUGGCAUGCCAUAUCGUUGUGAACUGUGCGACGAUCAUGGUUUCUCAACGCGUGUUGUGUUCAAACGCCACCUAUCUCGUGUACAUCAUUCUACAAUGUCCGAUGAAGCCCUGAGUGAAAUGUUUCAACGCAAUACUGGGAAAACGAUAAAAAUCAAACAAAUUAGUACUGCAGAUGAAGAUUAGUUUUAAAUUAGAUGCAGAUGCAGACCUUGGAAUUGUACAAAAUGCUAGAUGAUAGGUUUUUUUAUUAUAUACUUUCUGUAGCUAUGUACAAUAAAGUUUACAAAAAAUAAGAUUUGUAUUAUUUUGAAAUUACCAAUUGUUCUAAAUUGCUAAUUACCCCGUGCGACAAAAUUCUUUUUUUCCAAAUCCAGCAGAUUAUGAAAGUAUAGCUAACAAUAUAAAAUAUGUGUAUUGAAAUUUUCUGAUUUAGAUUCAUUCAAACCCGUUCAUACUAAUAUGAAAUAAAAAUUUAAUACUUUGUAUUGGACAAA